AUGUUUAAAAUGCUGCCAGAGAAGGCUGCUUACAGAGCACUCAGGCAGAGCCUGCAGAUUGUGGCAGCACUUCAUGACAUCGUUUCAUACCUUUUCAGUUUUGCUCAAUUAGGAAACUCCCCAAACUGUUUUGAUUCCCUAAAUCCAGAGCCUCUGACCGCAGACUGGGGAGGGAACGAAAGGAUCGGAACUGAACUUCAAGAACUACAAAAAAUGAUUGACAGCCUUCAAAACCCCUUGGAUCCUAACAAAGUUGCCCAACUGCUAAUCAUUCAAAGAGAAGUUAUGUUUCUACAGUUUGAUGCAGCAGUCAGACAUUUAUUACGAGAAGUAUAUUUGUCCUCUGGGAAUAGUUUGGCUUACCAGAGUGUUACAGACAGUAUGCACCAUGGGCUGCCUCCCCUGAGUAACUCUGCAGUAAGGAGUGUAUUUGCCUCACAGCUCUGGCUCCCGCAGCUACUGGACCUACGCAGCCCCAUGACAUUGACACUGUUUCCUUGGAGGGCAUUUCUAGUAGAUGGAGGACCGUUUCCAGUCACUAUCCACAAUCUAAAUACCAUAAAUUAUAACAUGCAGUUACUCACUGAGAUCUGUCUGGGUAACCUAGAAAAAUCACCAGCUGUGUCUCCUCCUCUAGUUGUGCCUGUGCAGACUGAGUGA